AUGUUUCGUCAUAAUUCAUCAUCAUCAAUGAAAUAUAUAUUAGUUACUGGUGGUGUUAUUAGUGGCAUUGGUAAAGGUAUUAUUUCGUCAAGUAUUGGUACAAUACUUCGUUCUCAUGGAUAUCGUGUAACAUCAAUUAAAAUUGAUCCAUAUAUAAAUAUUGAUGCAGGAACAUUUUCACCAUAUGAACAUGGAGAAGUUUUUGUACUUGAUGAUGGCGGUGAAGUUGAUUUAGAUUUGGGUAAUUAUGAAAGAUUUCUUGAUGUAACAUUACAUCGUGAUAAUAAUAUAACAACCGGUAAAAUCUAUCAAUAUGUUAUUGAUAAAGAACGUCGUGGUGAUUACCUUGGAAAAACUGUACAAGUUGUACCACAUAUAACAGAUGCAAUACAAGAAUGGGUUGAACGUGUUGCACGUAUAUCUGUUGAUGAAGAUAAAGCUGAACCAGAUAUAUGUAUAAUUGAACUUGGUGGUACAAUUGGUGAUAUUGAAAGUAUGUCAUUUGUUGAAGCAUUUCGACAAUUUCAAUUUCGUGUAAAGAAAGAAAAUUUUUGUUUGGUUCAUGUCAGUCUUGUUCCACAACCAAAUUCAACUAAUGAACAUAAAACUAAACCAACACAACAUAGUGUAAAAGAACUUCGUGGUUAUGGUUUAACUCCUGAUCUUAUUAUCUGUCGAUCUGCUACACCAAUGCCAUUAUCAGCUAAAGAAAAAGUUUCAAUGUUUUGUCAAGUUGAUAAAGAACAUGUUAUUUGUAUACCUGAUGUCAAAACAUUAUUUCGUGUUCCAUUAUUAAUGGAAGAAAAUGGUGUGUUUAAUUUUUUAACAACACGUCUUAAUUUAGUUCCAAAAUCAAAUUAUGAUCGUUCACUUAUGAUUAAAUGGCGUGAUCUAGCUGAACGGUAA